UUCUAAACAGUGAAAUAAAAAACAAGCUAUAGCUAUGGUCUCUUCCUCUCUAGUGGAUUUAGCAGUGACGUUCAAGGUCAACACAAAACUUCAGUUUCCCUUUGCACAUUCACUGGAUCAAUUCCCCCCCCCCCAACGGUAGUGGGGGGCAAUGAUUUUGGAUCGCUUAUUUGUUUUGUUUUUGGUGCUCCUUUUCACAAAGGUCUCCUUGCCUCGAGUGGUGUUCCCUCCUAGAGCUCUGGAUUUAGACUGGCCUCAAAACUGUGGCGUUGCAUAUUUCCAACCAAGCAUAUAUGCAAAAGUUGUUGCAGGCACUGAAGCAAGGCCUCAUUCUUGGCCCUGGCAAGUUUCUUUACAGGUACGCUCUACAUCAGGUGAUAAGUUUGUUCACGUCUGUGGUGGCACUCUCAUUCACAAACGCUGGGUUCUCACAGCUGCCCACUGCUUCCAGAAGGGACAGGCAGAAGAUGUCACAAACUGGAGAAUUAUUUUGGGCAAGCAUAAUCUGAAUCAUCUUGAGCCUGCACAGAGAAGCUACCAAGUGAAGCGCAUCUAUCAGCAUGAACAUUUCAAUUACCCUCAGAUAAAUGACUUGGAGUAUGACAUUGCUUUGGUGAAGCCUGUGGGAGACAUUAUGGCCAACAGGUUUAUCCAUUAUGCAUGCCUGCCAAAGAGAGACAGCUUUCUUCAUCCAGGAUACUCCUGCUGGGUGACUGGCUGGGGGGGCACAAGAGGUGGGAAAGAAAACUUUACUCUGUCUGAGGUUCUGAACCAGGCCAACUUACCAGUCAUAGAUUUCAACACGUGCCAUCUUAAGAAAUUCUGGGGAAACAAAGUUCAGUCUUCAAUGCUCUGUGCAGGAUAUGAAGAUACUGCAUAUUCUCCUGCUGCCUGCCAGGGAGAUUCAGGUGGCCCACUUCUUUGCCAAGUUCGAAGAGAUAUAUGGGAAGUCCAUGGGGUUGUUAGCUUUGGACCAGUUGGAUGCCAAGUACAGAACAAACCAACAGUUUUUACUAGGACAUCUGCAUAUAUUCCCUGGAUUGAAGCAAUCAGGAUUCGGGACUUUUUUUUGUAAAGACAGAAGAGACAAGGAGAGUGCAGAA